AUGACGGAAUCGAGGAGAACAACCGCCGGCAACACGAAGACUUUCCUGCUGAACAAACAGCCGGAACAGCUUGCGGAUGGCGAUCGCAUUAAGGUCGUCGUCGUCGGAAGUGCGCCCAAAGGCGUCGCGGUCGCUAUAGCGGUCCUCUUCAAGUUUGAGAAGUUUCGUUCUGGCGAUUUUAAUCUUGAAAAUGAAUCACGUGGGCGACCCGAGACCAAAGUGGAUAAUGAUGAACUGGAAGCUGUAGUGGAAGCGGAUAUAUCUCAAAUUACGUAUAAAUUAGUAGCAAGAUUCAACGUUACUAAUCCAAUAAUAUUGGAUCAUUUGAAACAAAUCGGCAAGCCGCAGCGCCUCGCCUCCGAGCUCAUCCUGAUAGACGCGAAUGAGGACCUCGCCAAGGCGGAAGCAGAAGACAUCAGCCACGCGGCGGUGUACCUCGGCGAUCCGAAGAUUAUUGGCACCAAAGAUUACGCUUGCGCCCGAGACGCCGCGGUGUGCGUGAUCACCGUUGGGAAUCAGUCUCAUGAGCAUCAGCAGCCGGUGGAUCAUCUAGAUCACAAUCUGCGAAUUUUCAAGGACAUCAUCCCGAAUGUCUGCAAGUACGCGCCGAACAGCGUUCUUCUGGUCCUCUCCAGGCCAGUCGACAUCUUGUCGUACGUCGCCAUGAAGCUGUCGGGAUUCCCACCGAAUCGCGUGAUCGGAAUAGGAACGUUUCAGGAUAGCUGCAGGUUUCAAUAUUUUGUCGCACAGAAACUUGGCAUUUCAGCGAGCAUGAUUCAAGCGUUGAUCAUCGGAGAGAGCGGACCAGCUUCUGUGCCAGUUUGGUCGACCGUUGCGUGCAUGGGCUUGCCGUUGAAGGAAAUAAACAAAAAGAUCGGUACGAAGGAGGACCCGGAAUCGUGGGGCGAUCUGCAUACGAAAGUCAUCGAUACUGACAACAACCUGAUCGCCAGAAAGGGUUAUCAUAGCUGGGGGAUGGGCAUCUGCGCGAGCGAGGUAGUCGACGCCAUCGUGCGCAAUACUUGCGCCUGUUUCACCGUCUCGACGUACAUGAAGGGUUGCCGACACGGAAUGGAGAAAGAUAUCUUCAUGUCAUUACCGUGCGUAGUAGGCAGAAACGGCGUGCAAUCGGUCAUUCGUCUGCCGUACACACUCAGGGAGCAGGAACUGAUGACGGUAUCUUGCCAGAGGAUUUACGAGACGCAGAAGUCGAUUCUCGACCAGAUCGAGUGACCGACAGACGCGACCGCAAUACUCGUCGCACACGCUUUUGUAGCAUCGCGAUACUCGGCCGUGAGAUUCAAAGACUUAGAUGUUCUCUCGAGCGUUGAAAAACAA